UAUUGUCAAAACCUAUAAACAUUGAUGUACUCAAAAAAAUAAAUAUUCAAACAGUCACAGUUGCAGUUAUUUUUGUGAAUAGUUGAGUUUAGAGAAACGUGAAGAUGAAAGCGAUGGCUAAUCAUUAUGUUGUAACCGCACACAAACCCACUUCUGUAACUGCUUGUGUUACAGGAAAUUUCACAUCACCAACCGAUUUGAACCUAAUUGUUGCCAAGAAUUCGCGACUAGAGAUAUAUCUGGUAACACCUGAAGGGCUAAGGCCACUGAAGGAUAUUGGACUUUAUGGAAAAAUUGCAGUCAUGAAGCUAUUCAGACCUGAACAUGAGAAAAAAGAUUUACUAUUCCUGGUUACACUAAGAUAUGAUGCAAUGAUCCUUGAAUGUAUCAGUGAUGGAGAUAAUUUAGAGAUUCUAACAAAGGCACAUGGCAAUGUUGCAGAUUGCAUAGGAAAACCUUCUGAUACUGGUAUUCUAGCUGUAAUUGAUCCUAAAGCAAGAGUUAUUGGUUUGAGGCUCUACGAUGGUCUCUUCAAAAUUAUACCACUGGAUAAAGAAAAUUGUGAACUCAAAGCUUCAAGUAUAAGAAUGGACGAGUUAUUAGUACAUGAUGUUGAGUUCUUACAUGGAUGUACAAAUCCCACAAUAAUUCUGAUUCACCAGGACGUAAACGGGAGGCAUGUGAAGACUCAUGAGAUAUCGUUAAGAGAUAAAGAAUUUGUGAAGACGCCUUGGAAACAAGAUAAUGUAGAAACGGAGGCGAGUAUGAUUAUACCUGUUCCGUCUCCGCUAUGUGGAGCUAUCAUUAUCGGGCAGGAGAGUAUUCUAUACCAUGACGGAGUCACAUCCAUUGCUGUUGCACCACCAGUUAUAAAGCAAAGCACUAUUACUUGCUAUGCGAAAGUUGAUCGUAGCGGUCUAAGGUAUUUGCUGGGAGAUAUGGCUGGACAUCUUUAUAUGCUGUUCUUGGACGUGGAAAGUCGCGGUGAUGGUGGUGACGUUGUAAGAGAUCUAAAGGUUGAGCUCUUGGGUGAAAUAUCUAUACCAGAGUGCAUUACAUAUUUGGACAAUGGUGUAUUAUAUAUUGGAUCGCGCCUAGGAGAUUCGCAACUGGUGAAGCUGAAUUCGAAAGCGGAUGAUACAGGUUCUUACGUUAAUCUGAUGGAGUCGUUCACAAACUUGGCACCGAUUACGGAUAUGUGUGUGGUAGAUUUAGAGAGACAGGGCCAGGGCCAGUUAGUCACGUGCUCUGGAGCUUUCAAGGAAGGAUCAUUGAGGAUAAUCCGUAAUGGAAUCGGUAUACAGGAGCACGCUUCCAUCGAUUUGCCUGGCAUAAAAGGAAUGUGGGCCUUAAACAUUGCCUCCGGUGGUAAAUUUGAUAAUACUAUUGUGCUCUCGUUCGUCGGACAGACCCGCAUCUUAAGUUUGAAUGGGGAAGAAGUCGAAGAAACUGAUAUUGCAGGAUUCACAUCUGAUCAGCAGACAUUCUUCUGCGGUAACGUGGUUCACGAACAAAUUGUUCAGAUUACGCCGUCUUCUGCACGUUUGAUUUCUGCGAAAACCAAAAACUUAUUGGCUGAAUGGAAACCGCCUAACGAUAAGAAUAUCAGCGUGGUCGCCUGUAACAUGGAGCAAAUAGUUAUGUCCACCGGAUCAGAAUUGUAUUACAUCGAAAUACAUCCAGACGAAUUGAUUUUAAAGGGAACUACUACUCUGGAAGUUGAGGUAGCUUGCUUGGAUAUAAGUCCAUUGGGUGAAGGAAUAACACGGACUGAUUGGGUGGCAGUUGGUUUAUGGACUGAUAUAUCGGCGAGGAUACUCCGCUUACCGCAACUAGAAGAAGUUGCUAAGGAUAAUUUGGGAGGAGAAAUUAUACCUCGAUCUGUGCUAAUGACGACAUUCGAAAAUAACAAUUAUCUUUUAUGCGCACUCGGCGAUGGUUCGAUGUUUUACUUCAUAUUGAACAUCGAGUCCGGAUCAUUGACUGAGAAGAAGAAGGUGACACUGGGAACGCAGCCGACUGUCCUAAGAGCCUUCCGCUCGCUCAAUUCCACCAACGUUUUUGCUUGUUCCGAUAGACCGACAGUCAUAUACUCUUCAAAUCACAAGCUCGUAUUCUCUAAUGUGAACAUGAAAGAAGUAAACCACAUGUGCAGUUUAAAUGCUGAAGCUUAUCCAGACAGUUUGGCUUUAGCUACUGAUAGUUCGGUAACGAUUGGUACUAUUGAUGAAAUUCAAAAAUUACAUAUAAGAACUGUACCGCUUCAGGAAUCGCCCAGGCGUAUAGCCUAUCAGGAACAAUCACAAUCGUUCGGAGUGCUUUCGGUACGCAUGGACAUUCAGGAUGCAACAGGUUGCAAUCCUUCGAGGGCAAGUGCCAGCACCAUGGCGCAAUCGGUGACCGUACCUAGUAGUGUCGGGACUCUUACAUCCGGAAAGUCCGGUGCCAGCGGUCUUAUAGCUGCUGCUGAAUAUGGCCAGGAAGUGGAAGUACACAGUCUACUGAUUAUCGAUCAAAACACUUUCGAAGUCCUCCACGCAUAUCAAUUGAUGCAACAGGAGUACGCUAUGUCCUUAAUUUCUUGCAGAUUAGGAGAGGAAACGUAUUAUGUUGUUGGUACGGCAAUGCUGAAUCCCGAAGAGUCCGAGCCGAAACAGGGUAGGCUGUUGAUGUUCCAGUUAGCUGAUAACAAACUUACCUUGGUCUCUGAUAAAGAGAUCAAAGGAUCCUGCUACUCUUUAGCCGAGUUCAAUGGGAAGCUACUGGCUAGCAUAAAUAGCACCGUGCGAUUGUUCGAGUGGACCGCAGAGAAAGAGUUGCGCUUGGAGUGCUCUCACUUCAAUAAUAUUAUUUCUCUAUACUUGAAAACGAAGGGCGAUUUUAUCUUGGUCGGUGAUUUGAUGCGCAGCAUGACACUUUUGCAAUACAAAACGAUGGAGGGCAGUUUUGAGGAAAUCGCUCGCGACUACAACCCCAACUGGAUGACCUCAAUUGAAAUAUUAGAUGACGAGGUCUUCCUUGGAGCUGAAAACAAUUUUAAUCUUUUUGUUUGCCAGAAGGACAGUGCUGCACCGACCGACGAUGAACGGUCUCAAAUGCAAGUUGUUGGUCAAAUACAUGUCGGUGAUAUGAUCAACGUCUUUCGUCAUGGUUCGUUAGUCAUGCAAAACCUGGGGGAAACAUCUACACCCACAUCAGGUUGCGUGCUUUUUGGAACAGUGGGAGGAGCAAUUGGCUUAGUGUCGCAAAUCUCUGCUGAUUUCUACGAUUUUCUUUACGAGCUUCAAAAUAAAUUAUCGGUUGUUAUAAAGUCUGUAGGCAAAAUUGAACAUUCACAUUGGAGAUCGUUCCACACCGAUAUCAAAACGGAACCGUGCGAGGGAUUCAUCGAUGGUGACUUAAUCGAAAGCUUCUUGGAUCUGUCUAUUGAUAAGAUGAAGGAGGUUGCUAACGGUUUGCAGAUCACCGGCGAAGGUGGAAUGAAACAGGAGUGCACAGUCGACGACCUAGUGAAAAUGGUUGAAGAUCUUACAAGAAUCCAUUAGCUAUACAAGGGCCUACCGCUUUCUAUACUUUUAAAAGACACUUUAUUUACGAUUGGUACGAUUAUAUAAUCAGCUCUGUAGGAUAACCGAUCGUUGAGUUUUACUUCAUGAUGUUGGUUCAAAAAAAAUUGUGUUAUAUUAUCUGAUUAUUCAAAUAUGAUCUUCGAUGUUUCUUAUUAUAUUGUAUAACUAAGGAGUUUUUGAAUAUCUUUCUAUUUUAUGGGAUGCUCUGUUUUUUUCUAUUUAUUUAAGUUUAAGAGACAAAUUAUCUGUGAAACCUUAUAGAAGUAUAAAUA